UGGUGAUCAGUCGAAUUUACCGGAUUCGCCUAACGAAGAAACCGGUCCAACGCAGUCCGAUGCUACGGCAGCUGCCGUUGCUGCUUUACCUAAUUUAUUACUGGCCGUAUCCGGAUCGCAUACAAAUAAGCCAUCAAAGAAGAGCUUUUCAUGCCCUCAUUGCAAUUUUCAUACUAGCAUGUCUCAGCACAUGAAAAGUCAUUUGGCUCAUCGUCGUCAUCGCGGCCAAAUGUAUCAAUGUGAUUUAUGUCAAAUGCAAUUCAGUCAAAAAGCGAACAUGCAUCGACAUCGUAUGCGACAUGCUGGUGUUAAGCCCUAUGAAUGUUUAUAUUGUGCAAAACGAUUUUUUAGAAAAGAUCAAAUGCAAGAACAUUCAAUGACUCAUAUAAAAGCGGGUAAAAAUUUUGAUUGUCCAAUAAUGAAUUGCACACAACGAUUCAGUCAGCAUGCCAGUUUGCGUAAUCACUUGGAAACUGAUCAUAUCAUUAAUGCCAAUAAUCCCGCAUCGUGUAAGCGAUGUUCAUUGUUAUUUGUCAAUCCUCGACGGGUUCUUCUUCAUUAUCAGACAAAGCAUGAUCCUGGAGAUGUUGGUUCUUGUCGUUUUCCUUAUUUUUUAUUUUUUUAUCUAAUCUUCUUGGACGAAACGCUGCACCUUGUACAUUCAGGACUCCAUUCCGACACGGAUCCAUGGAAAUGUAAAUUAUGUGGCAUAUCAUGCGGUGAAAAAUACUCAUUUAAUGCUCACAUUAUUUUAUCUGAUCAUAGUUGUGGAGCAUUUUAUCGUUGA